AUGUUCUUAUAAUUUUUAGCUGCUCUAAUAAUCAUAAUAAACAGUUUGGUUAAUGCCCAGUCAUUUACACAGUUUUAAACAUGUACAUCUUAGUAAAGAAAAGUCUGUUCUGAAGGAGAUGAUUAAUGCUAGACUUAAUAAAUAAAUCUAGCAAAGUGUGCUAGUGAUUGCUCUUCUUAAUAUCAAUAGAAUGAAACUCAAUUGAAAUGCUUUUAAGAUUAGUGUGCAAAUAUUGCUAAGAACGAAAGUGUUUUUAGUAUCUAUGUUUAAGUAUGCACCUGUACUUAAUCAAUUUAUACAGCAUAUUUUUCUCUAUACUUUUAAGGAUUCUUACUCUGUGCAAAUCAAACUCAGAGUCCAUGUGCAGCUAACAAUUCAACCUGCAAUGGCCUAAUUAUUGAGUCCAAGAACUGUUUGGCCAAUUGUGAAAGUCAGUUCUAAAAUUCUACAUUAUAAGAUUGUGUGACACAAAAUUGCUAAUAUGCUGAUGGUGAUGUGUAAAAUUAUGUUAAUUCAAUCAUGUACUGUGCUAAAUCCACCGUUUUAUCUUUAUCAGCUAUUAGUUUGAUUUUAAUCAUUGGAGUAAGUAUUUGA